AUGGAUCCAAUCCAAUCCAGUCAGAGACAAGCCAAAAACUAAAAUGGCGGCCCCGACGGUCGUUUAUUUGAAGACUACACCAACAAAAGGCUCUUUUACCAACAAAACAGACCCGCCGAACAGUGGUACUCAGGAGCCGGAAUCGGAGGAGGCACCAAAGCUUGCGUCAUCAGAACCUGGGCCGUACCUGUGUUGUGUGCUUCUACAAAGCGCCGGGUCAUCUGAGAAGGUGAUGAUAACUCCCCUAGCAGAGGAAACGUCAAGCAAGCCAGCAGAAAAAUACACCCAGGACAUAUGUUUUGAGUCAUUUGCCACGGAGAAAUUUCAGUGCCAUUGCUGCCCCGCGUUGUUCGAAGAAGCAGAUUCUCUGGCACAGCAUCUUCGGUUACAUGCAGAAAGCGAAACGCUGAAAUGUGAGGUCUGUUCGAAGCGUUUCAUGUACCAUGAGGAUUUGAGGCUGCACUUGGAGGUGCAUGCAGGAUUGCGCAGACUUGAAACAAUAACCUUUGCAUGCACAAUGUGUCCCAAGGUUUUAAGAGGCACCAGUGCCUUGUCAGCCCAUGUCAACAUGCACGAGGAUGAAUCAACGUACAAGUGUAUUUUCUGCCGCAUGCCAUUCCGUGCCAAACAGAGUCACGAGAGACACAUGCUCCGACAUGUGCUUCGUAGGUCAGCUGGAACACCAAUAGAUACAGGCCUGCCACUCGAUAACGCACCUCCUCCGAAGUCUCCAGAGCCGGAAGCAGAGCAAGAAGUAGAGCCAGAGGAAGAAGCAGAACCAGAGCAAGAAGCGGAGCCAAACCCAAGAGAAACUUUUCCUUGCGAAUUAUGCCCUAAAGUUUUGAAAAAUAACAGUGCGUUUUCGGCUCAUAUGCGUAUGCACGUUGAGGAAGGAACACAUAAAUGUCCUGUCUGUUCAGUUCCUUUCUUGUCAAAGAAUAGGCUUGACAGGCACAUACGCAAGCACGCUCGAAAGAGGACUAAACGCUCUAGUCCUAGUCAAGAAUCGCCACUGGAGCCUGUGCAGAAUAAGCACACAUCUGAACCUCAGCCAGAAUCAUGCACAACUUCUCUACCUCAUGAUUCAACAAAGUUGCAGGAAGAGCUAAUACUUGGAAUAAAGCAGGAACCUUGCAAUGAUGGAACACAGUUUCCAUCUCAUCCUUCCAUGGACUCUCAGGAAGAGCUAAUACUUGCAGUGAAGCAAGAACCUCGCAAUGAUAGUAUAGAAUGUCUCUCUCAUGCUUCCGCAGACUCUCUGGGACAGGUAAUACUUGCGCCAGAACGAGAAUUUUGCAGGGAUGCUGUGGAAUCGCAGGAUGAACAUAAGCAAAGCCUAGUUUCACAUCCUGACUCCUCUACCGCUGCCAAAGCCGCAGCUGCACCAGCCUUCACAUGCAGCACCUGCUCGGGAACAUUUCCCACCCGACACAUUCUGGAGCUGCAUGAAAUAGCUCACGGUGGGCAGCAGUGCGCAAGGCCCACAGCCAAGCGUGAUUCCAGUUCAACUAGCAAACUUGGUAAGCUCAACGGGCCUUCAUGUAAAGUGUGCAAGGAAGUCUUCAAUUACAAGAGCGCGUACCGGAAACAUGUGCGUAAAGUGCAUCCAUAUGCACGUGGCUACUCGUGCAGCAUCUGCUCUGUUUCGUUUCACGUUAAAGACUACCUGAAGAAACACAUGAUCUCACACGGAGAAAGGCCCUAUAAGUGUGAUUGGUGCGGGCUCGCUUUUAAGAGGAAGGACACCCUAAACACUCACGAAAACAUCCACACGGGCAGGAGGCCCUACAAAUGCAAAGUGUGUGGGGACGACUUUGGACAAAGGGUUAGGCUUUGGUAUCACAUGAAACUGCACAAAGCAUUAAAUGUAUCCUGAAACACCUGCGACAAAAUGGCUGACCAAUUGGCUAGGAUUUUCGGAAAGCAAUGACACACUUCCAUCUGAAGCAAAUGAAGCAAAAGGCCUUCCGCCAAUAUGUUAUUUACAUUCGUGUGUUUACCUGUGUUCUUGAAUGACCUGUAACGCUUAGCAAAUCACUCUGAACGCUAUUACUUUGAACGUACCCCCAUUGGGAAAAAUCUGUUAAGUUUGGCAAUUGUUUUGUUUUCAGUGCAUCGAAUAAAUGCUAUCCUUUUGGCAUCACGAAACAUA